AUCGUCAUGUAAAGAGAAGAAGAAACUUUUGAAUUUUACGAGUUGCAUUGGAUCUCUUUUGCCAUUUCCAAAAUAUUCCAAUCCUGCCGUUCAGUCACUUGCAUGUGGUUGUCGAAUUAGGCAGAACACGAGGUGGAUUGGAUAUAUAUUUCCCCUGUCAUCACGUCACAGUGUCGCACGUUAGUUGUCCCAUUCCAGGAGGAUAUUAUAAAAUUUGUUUCAUCUCCAUGUGCAAAUGAUCAAAUCCAUCAACGCUACAGCAGAGAUACGCGGCGGCCACCAGUGUGUCAUCAUCGUUAUUAGUGGAAGAGUUUUAAAGUUUUUUCCCUCUGUAAAUCACAACCCCGUCAAAGUGUGCCUAUAAUUCUGUGUUAAAUCGUAAAAGUUUAGUUGUUAGCAAACAUGCAUUUAAUCCGGGUGUGUUUUAUACAUACGUUGUAUUUUUUGUAAAUUUUUUUUUCUCAAAAGUUUUCUGUAAUCUCGCAAUUGAGAUCUCAUAAAAGUGAAAAUAUUAUAUUAUUCUCCAUAUUAAACCGUGUUCUUAAAGAAAAAUCCUUGCCAGUAUAUAUAAGAAAAAUCAAGUGCAAAUUCAAAUUCGCCAUUAUUAUAAAUAUCACAAAUUAUGGACCAGUUAAUCCUCCUGCCAUCCAUACUUCUUCACGAAAAUAACCAAUUAGUCCAAGACGACCUGGCUGCAUUGUCGUGGCCCGGGUGUGGUUCCAGUUUUGGAGGGGGACGCUCCUCCUUUUGCGGAAGCAGAGUCACUUUCACUGCCAAUGGCACUUUUUACGUUUGUGUACAAAAUGAUGGGAUGAGCGAUCAAGCGACGAGUCAAGGCCAAAGGGGGGUCGCUGGUGCUGGCGUUAACGGCGGUGGGAGUAGACCUUCCUCCGCCACAGCGCGUGAACGGCACGAAAGAAUUCAUUUACUCAAAGAGAAGCAAGACCAUGAUCGGCUCAAGAAAUUAGAAGAACUCAAGGAGCAGGCCUUCGCCGCCUCUCGCCUCCGAGAUGAGCAGGAUUCUCGCCGUAAAAAGCAUUUCGAAGAGCUCGUGAAGAAAGAGGACGAGCGUCGGAGACAGGCUGAAGAGCGUCGCAGGAUGUUGGACGAGGAGAGAAAGUUGACCUUGCAGGCGAAAUGGGAAUCCAAGUCGACGAAACCUUGUCCUCGAGCUCAGAGUGCGAAACCUGCACCGGUUUUUGCCUUUGGUUCUUGUACCCCACGUCUCAUAGACAAUCAAGUGGAUGGAAGCCUGUGGAAGUCACAGUAUAAUUUAAACGUUACGAGGGCACCGGGAAUGAGGGCCAGCUCAGCCACGGAUUUACAUUUACAACAGAACGAAAUUCGUAUGAGUACAAGCUACUCGUGGAACCAGCAAAAUCCGAAUCCAGACAAUCCACUGGUGUAUCAUCGUAACAGAAUUGAUGGUGUUGGUGGUGGGAGUCGUCUUACCAAGUCGAGAAGCAAUUACGAAGGAGCGGAUGCAAUGCGAGUGUUUUGUGGCCGUCGUCGUACCGAUUUAACCCCUACGAUCCCCAUCAAACGUGAAGUUUACGACAUGUCCGCUUCGAUGAUGUCGACACGUUCCACAACGUCCAGCCGUGGUGGUGGCUCAGGUAGGGUGUUUUAUAGCUCAGUGUCUAUGACGAGAUUGGACAGAUCGCGGUCUCCCGGGUGUGGCAACCUCGCCAUCUCCGCCCAGCACCAGCAUCAAGGUCAAAGACCAUCACGGUCAAAGAGUACGACUCACUUGGCUUCAACGGGAUUAAAAAUGACUAGAACGGAAAUUUUGAGACAGGCUUUGGCUCAGAAAAAGGAUAAGGAUGGUGGAUUCCGCUCCGUUGAUCAAUCCCGUCCCCCAUCUUCCAUGAGCUCAUCAAUCAUGACUUCCUCCACACAUUCACAAGUUCCCAUGAGACCGAGAAAUAUGACGUCGAGAAAGAGUCGUCCCGCUUCAGUCCAUGUCACUGGAAUUACUCAGCAGGAAAACACCAACAACAACAAUGGAGAUCACAGAGUUCUCCCCCCAUCUUCUUCUCGACGAAGGAUGGAUGCUUCACAGGAGAGAAAGACGACAAGUUCUACUCCAACCGCACCUCCACCCGCUGAGAAAAAGAAACCAGAGCCGAGGAAAAUAUUAUCUGGGAAGAUUAGUCCAAGCCCAUCGACACCUUCUCGGAAUAAUAACCAACAACAACUUCCUGGUGAAACUGGGACGAUGAAGCGACCGAUUAAGAGGACGCCAAGUGCUCCCAAGGAAAAGCCAACGGCGGCAGCGGCGGCGGAAGUUAAGAAAGUAGAAAAACAGGAAGAACCGGCAGUCGCAGCAGUCGGUGCAUUUGCGGAUACGAAUCCAUUUUCUGCUAACAACAAUCCAUUCUCAGAAUCGGCGAAAGAAAUUAAUACUGUGAAUGAGAACGAGUUGGUCAAUACUGUGCCCGUUGGUCAUGUAGAAUUAAAUAAUAGUAAGAAUUAUGUCGAAUCCAUGAAUGGAAAUAGAAAAGUGAUAGAAAAUUUUGAAAGCAUCGAAUCUGCUUUCGCUUCCGGAUCGGAUUAUUCCUCCAAAACGCCAGAGCCGAACCCAGUCAAUGGUCAAGAGGAGAUUCAAGUAUCAGCGAUGGAUGAUUUAUUGGGAAGUGAAUUAGAUUUCACUGCUACAACAAACAAUGUCUUACUAGUCGCUGAAGUUAAUAACAAGUCUGUAUCUCCUACCCCUCUCGACACGGAGGAUUCUUCAAAGCCAAAGAUUAUGACGGAAGAGCAAGCAAAGGCUGCAAUCGCGGAAAAGAGGAAACUCGCCAGAGAAGCGGUCGAGAGGGAGGCGGCAUUGAAACUUGAGGAGCAGAGAUUAGAAGAAGAACGCCAGAGAUUAGAAGCCGAAGAAGCCGACCGUUUCGCCCGCGAGUCACGCGCCGCUGAAGAGGAACGACUCAGAAUAGCGAUCGAAGAGCAGCAAAAGAGGGAGGAAGAGGAGCGACAACGUCAAAUUGAAGACGAAAAGGCUCGUAUAGAGAAAGAGAAGCAAGAGCGAGAGGCUGCGCGUGAAGCAGAAAAAGUUCGCCUGGAGAUGGAGGAAAGGCUGAAGAGGGAGGAGGAGGAGAGGUUAGAGAGACGUAAAAGGGUCGAGGCUAUUAUGGCUAGAACGAGAAAAAAGGAACAAGAACAGCAACAACAGCAGGCGAAGACCAAUUCCGCUGAAGCGAAACAAGGGAUCGAAACAACGCCUGUCAAUGGACACAAAGAUAAUAAUGGAUUAUUGGGAGACGUGCAAUCAUCGAAUAAUUCCAUAAAUAACAAUUACAACAACAAUAACGAUUUUGGAAACAAUUCCACACUGAUCGAGUUUGAUGGAAUGAAUGGAGAGGGAGGACUGGGAGGUGGGCAAGAGUCAAAUAACUUAUUGGGAGAUUCCAACACUGGAUUAUUAUCUAAUUCAACUACAACAUCUAAUCCAUUAAUUAAUAAUCCGUUACAAGACCUGCUUUCGUGAUCACCUUGUCUAUUCUACUCUCCAAAAAAAUAUAGCUAAUUAAAUACUUUUUUUGCAAUCAAGUCCGUUCGACGAAGGAAAAAAAUGAGAAAAUGCGUCGCCACACAUAAAUCAAAAAUUGGAAGAAAUAUAAUGACAAAUUCACCAUCAUCACUUGGAUUGUACGACGGCACUGACUUUAUUAUAUUUAUUAAGGAGAUUUAAUUAGUAAAAAAAAUAAUUAGUUUCGCUAUCUGCAAUUUGUUAUUUGUUGUUGAGGUUGUAGUAGCCACGCCACGAUUAUUCUUCACCGCAUUAAUAUUAUAUCUAUAUAUUAGAUUAUAUAUCGUAAUUGUUAUCAUGCAACACCAUUUUAUCAAGUCUGAAGUUGUUAAUUGUUCUAGACAUUCGAGGAAAAUAUGGAAAAUAUGAAAAGAAUUCACAUUUGGGGAGAAUAAAAAUUGUGAGAAGAAAUAUUGCCCAGAAAA